UCUCAACUCCGCUCUGCAAUUCCCAAAUCGGAAGAAAUUUCAAAAACAAAUUCCCCAAAAUCGAUGGCGAAGGGAGCCACGCUCACCAGAAUCAAGUCUGUUUUGAAGAAAGUGCAGUCGAUCAAGCUCAGCCGCGGCGGCGCCGGAGGAGGAGUCGCCGUGAACAAUGUCUCCGACGAGGAUGAGUCCUUCGUCGCCGCUAAGGAUCUUCACGCGGUGUACGUCGGAAAAUCACGGCGGCGCUACCUAAUAACCUCCGAUGUUCUCGAAAAUCCUCUCCUCCGCGAGCUCGUUGAGCGGCGGCGCAACGACGGCGAGGCGGAGGAGGAGGAGGCGGCGGCUGCGGAGGAGGCGAUCACCGUCGGAUGCGAAGUGGUGCUGUUCGAACACCUCCUUUGGAUGCUGGAGAACGCCGAUCCUAUGCCGGAGUCGUUGGACGAGCUUGCGGAAUUCUACUCCUGCUGAAGAAGAAGAAGACGGCGGCGGCGCGGCCUAGGUGUGGCGGCGGCGGUUUUUCCGAUGGUGUUGGUAGAAGUGUGUGGUUAUCCAGCUGUAUAAUUCUUGAUGAAUUUUUUUCCCUUCGGAUUUUAAUAACGCUGUGGUGAUUAGCGGUGUAGAUUUAGUGCGGAAAGCUAUUUGUUGUUGAUCGGACGGGGAGGAUUAACUGAUUUUGCACGGCUAAUCUUCUGUUGGAGUUGGUGCUGAUUAUUUUUUCCAUUUUUCUCCUAUUUCAAAUUUUAUUAUUUUAAUUUUUAUAUUUUUCAAAAAUAUACUUUCUUCGUUCUACUAUAAU